GCAGCCCCGCCCCUACCCUCCCUUCUCUCUUUUACUUUCUCUCUCUCUAAACCCCCCAGAUUCGGAAACCCUUCUCCUCUCUAUCCUAUUUUCUCUCUGCAACUCCUUAACUCUCUCAGAUUCAGUUAGGUUUGAAGAAGAAGGACAACUUCUGUGGAGGGAGAGAUAUGCAAUCCAACGGCUCAGACUCCUCGCUACAGCAACAGGAGCAAAAUACUCAGCCACGCCAGCAGCAGCAGCCUUCUCAGUCGCAGCCACAACCACAGCCGCCGCCGCCGCAGCACUGGAUGGCUAUGCAGUACCCGGCCGCCGCUAUGGUAAUGCAGCAUCAAAUGAUGCCACCGCAGCACUACGCGCCUCCGCCGCAACACUACAUGGCGUACCACCAGUACAAGCAGCAGCACGUCCAGCAACAGCAGCAGCAGCCGCAAAUGGUAUCUGGCGGCGGCGCAAGCGGCGAGAACAAGACCAUCUGGGUCGGCGAUUUGCAUCAUUGGAUGGAUGAGAACUAUCUCCACAGCUGCUUUGCUUCCGCCGGCGAGAUUGCUUCCAUCAAGGUUAUUCGCAAUAAGCAGACCUUAUUAUCAGAGGGCUAUGGAUUCGUAGAGUUCUUGACACAUGCUACAGCCGAGAAAGUCCUACAGAACUAUGCUGCACUCUGUAUGCCUAACACAGAUCAGGCCUUCCGUCUGAACUGGGCAACAUUUAGUACGGGUGACAAGCGUUCAGAUAAUGCUCCUGAUCUUUCCAUAUUUGUAGGAGACUUAGCUGCAGAUGUUACAGAUAGUUUAUUGCACGAAACUUUUUAUAGUAAAUAUCCAUCUGUUAAAGCCGCAAAAGUUGUCGUUGAUUCCAAUACCAACCGUUCAAAGGGCUAUGGUUUUGUGAGGUUUGGCGACGAGAAUGAACGGUCACAGGCUAUGACUGAAAUGCAGGGUGUUUAUUGUUCUAGCAGGCCAAUGCGCAUUGGUGCCGCGACUCCUAGGAAGUCAUCUGGAUAUCAGCAACAAGGGGGGUAUGCUCUGAAUGGUACACCAACCCAAGGGUUCCAAUCUGAUGGAGAUGCUACAAACACAACAAUAUUUGUUGGAGGGCUUGAUCCAAAUGUUACUGAUGAAGAUCUCAGGCAGCCCUUCUCUCAGUAUGGUGAGAUUGUCUCUGUUAAAAUACCAGUUGGAAAAGGAUGUGGGUUUGUACAAUUCGCCAACAGAAAUAACGCUGAGGAGGCAUUGCCGAAACUGAAUGGCUCAGUUAUCGGCAAGCAAACAGUCCGGCUUUCAUGGGGUCGCAAUCCGGCAAAUAAGCAGCAGUUUAGAAUGGAUUUUGGCAACCAGUGGGCAGGAGCGGCUUACUAUGGAGGACCUGUUUUUGAUGGUUAUGGUUAUGCUCUGCCGCCGCAACAUGACCCAAGCAUGUAUGCUGCAGCGGCUGCAUAUGGAGCUUACCCUGUUUACGGUACCCACCAACAACAAGUAAGCUGAGAAAAGAAAGCUGCCUGGCUGCCCCCAUGUGUUGGUUGCUACUAAGAUAUAGUGAGUGAACUGAGCGAGUGCAAGGAGUAGUAGUUUUAGUAAUGAGACGUGAUGACUCUAGAGUCUCUAGUUCUGUAAUUGUCUUGGUGCUCUAGAAUUCUUAUAAAAUCCCUCCAAUUGUGGAGUGGAACUGAAUUUUGACAACUUAUGGUAGUUUUGUAAGGGAUUUGGUUGAUCAUUUGGUUAGAAUCACGUGAUUUUAACACAAACUUAAUUCUUGGAGUCAAUGCUUGCUCUU